UAAUUUUAUUUUUGGUUCUCUCCAUUGGAGUCAAUCAAAAUCAAUUUUAUUUUCCAAUUCAAGAUCUACAAAUAUCCAUCAUCAUCGUAUCAAAAUCAAUAGCCCAAUCAGUAAAAGAAGAAAUUCAAAUUUUAGGGUUUCUGAUUUCAUCUCAAUCUUCUCCAAUCUAUCCUCAAGACUUCACAUGCGCUCUUCUGUCAAUUGAUCGAAAGAAAUAAUGUAUAGCAAUUUCAAAGAGCAAGCCAUCGAGUAUGUUCGGCAAGCAGUACAAGAGGACAACGCUGGUAAUUAUGCAAAAGCAUUUCCUUUAUAUAUGAACGCACUUGAAUACUUCAAAACUCAUUUGAAAUAUGAAAAGAACCCUAAGAUUCGCGAAGCUAUAACCCAAAAAUUUACUGAGUAUCUUCGGCGAGCGGAGGAGAUCCGUGCAGUUCUGGAUGAAGGUGGGCCUGGGCCUGCUUCGAAUGGAGAUGCGGCUGUUGCUACACGGCCUAAGACUAAACCUAAAGAUGGAGAAGAUGGGGAGGAUCCCGAGCAAACGAAAUUGAGAGCUGGAUUAAAUUCUGCGAUUAUUAGAGAGAAGCCUAAUGUUAAUUGGAAUGAUGUGGCGGGGCUUGAAAGUGCUAAACAGGCUUUGCAGGAAGCUGUGAUUUUGCCUGUUAAGUUUCCUCAGUUUUUUACAGGGAAGAGACGACCAUGGAGGGCUUUUCUUUUGUAUGGGCCACCUGGAACUGGGAAAUCUUACUUAGCCAAGGCAGUUGCAACUGAAGCAGACUCUACAUUUUUCAGUAUUUCUUCAUCAGAUCUGGUUUCAAAGUGGAUGGGGGAGAGUGAAAAGCUUGUUUCAAAUCUUUUCCAAAUGGCACGUGAAAGUCAGCCUUCAAUUAUUUUUAUCGAUGAAAUAGAUUCCUUGUGUGGCCAACGCGGAGAAGGUAAUGAGAGUGAAGCUUCAAGACGUAUCAAGACAGAACUUCUUGUUCAGAUGCAGGGUGUAGGGAACAAUGACCAGAAAGUUCUUGUUCUUGCAGCAACAAACACUCCAUAUGCUCUAGAUCAGGCCAUCAGGCGACGUUUUGACAAGCGUAUAUAUAUUCCCCUCCCAGAUUUGAAGGCUCGGCAGCAUAUGUUCAAAGUGCAUCUUGGAGACACCCCUCAUAACUUGACUGAAAGUGAUUUUGAAAGCUUAGCUCGCAGGACUGAAGGCUUUUCGGGUUCAGAUAUUUCAGUUUGUGUGAAGGAUGUCCUCUUUGAGCCGGUUCGUAAAACCCAGGAUGCCAUGUUUUUUAUCAAGACUCCAAAUGAUAUGUGGGUACCUUGUGGACCAAAGCAACCAGGCGCUGUCCAAAUUUCCAUGCAGGAGCUAGCAGCACAAGGGCUUGCCGCCAAGAUCCUUCCGCCCCCCAUCACAAAAACAGAUUUUGAUAAGGUCCUUGCACGACAGAGGCCAACUGUCAGCAAAUCUGAUCUCGAGGUUCAUGAGAGAUUCACAAAGGAGUUUGGAGAGGAAGGUUAAUCAAUCAAUGUUGUGAAAUGAUCAAUCCACACCCGUGAGUUCACCUGCUAUGAUUUGUAUUUUAGUUAUUGCUGCUGGAUCCAAUGAGUUAUUUUACUUCAUCAAAAAGGGGAAGCUGACUUGACUUUCCCUUUGUAUUGAGCUGGAAAAACUGAAGUUGGAUACUCAUUAAAUUACUUGCUUGAAAUUGUGUAAAGAAGAGUUCUUAGAAAUAUCCUUGCAGAAUUGCCAACUAAUUAUCUUAUUUGCAAUGUUUUUUCUGGA